AUGCUCCUCUGUUUGAUACUGAGUGUCAUUGCAACUCUGGUUGGGAGUGUGAGCAGCUUCACUAGUGAUGACUGGUGCUCCAACCACGCCGCCAAGUAUAUUUAUUCGUCAGAAGCCACCGGUGAGGGCUUCCUACCACCUGGAGGGAUUGAGAUGGUUGACUACGCCUUCGACAGAACUGGCAAUUGGUAUCUCGCUGGUGUGGAGAAGAAGACUCAGCAGCAUAAGGUGUGGAAGAUCGCGUAUAGUCUUAAGAAGACGGAUGAGAUAUUCGUUGCCGAAACAUCGUCAAUCGAUGUCUACCACUCCUCUAGCUCCACGUACGUGUUUGCCAUCGUCAACAAUGAGAUUCGUAUGUACGGUACACCCGGGAACCGUCGGGCGCCUUAUGAGGGCGACUACGUCGUCAUUCGGAAGGGUCUCGCUAAUAACGAAUUAGCCGGUCUGGUCUUUGACAACUCGGCUAAAUUCCUGUACGUGACCGACAAGAAAAUGAAUCAGGUGUAUCGUUUCGAUCCAACUACUUAUGGUUACCCUCGGAAGCUUGUUGCUGGUAAUCCCGAUGGUAAGGCUGUUGAUGAUGGAACUCAUCUUUACCAUCCAGAGGGAGUCAAGUUUGCCGACGGCGAUCUGUACAUUCUACAAGGUUCCUCUGAAGGAGGCCAUAUCGUGAGGUGGACACCUGGCAAGAGUCAGCGAACGUUCGUCUACCACUUCUUCGUCAAAGGCCGGAUGGGUUUCUAUGUGGCCGAUGUUACGCAGCAAUACAUCUAUUACAGAAGCUCUGACAAUGCAGUGUACAAGCAUUGUGUGAAUUCUCCCUGCAAUGAGCCCAUCAUCAUUGCUGGGGGUUGCGGGGUCGGUCCUGCUAAGAAUCAGCUCGUCAAUGCAGGUAGCGGAGCGAGCGUUGAGUUGCCCCAACGUUCUGUGCAUCACUACAACUACAACGACUAUGCCAUCUACUACGACUACCACAACUACAACAUCUACCACAACAACCACCGCGACUACUACGCCAUCUACCACAACAACCACCACGACUACUACGCCAUCUACUACAACUACCACCACGACUACUACGCCCUCUACUACAACUACCACCACGACUACUACGCCAUCUACUACAACAACCACCACGACUACUACGCCCUCUACUACAACUACCACCACGACUACUACGCCAUCCACCACAACUACCACCACAACUACCACCACAACUACCACCACAACUACCACCACGACUACUACGCCAUCUACUACAACUACCACCACGACUACUACGCCAUCCACCACAACUACCACCACAACUACCACCACAACUACCACCACGACUACUACGCCAUCUACCACAACAACCACCACGACUACUACGGCAUCUACGACAACUACCACCACGACUACUACGGCAUCUACGACAACUACCACCACAACUACUACGCCAUCCACCACAACUACCACCACAACUACCACCACGACUACUACGCCAUCUACCACAACAACCACCACGACUACUACGGCAUCUACGACAACUACCACCACGACUACUACGCCAUCCACCACAACUACCACCACAACUACCACCACAACUACCACCACGACUACUACGCCAUCCACCACAACUACCACCACGACUACCACCACGACUACUACGCCAUCCACCACAACUACCACCACGACUACCACCACGACUACUACGCCUACCGCUACUUCUUCGACGACUCCAGCUAA